UCCAGCAUAGAAUUAAUCAGUAAAUAUUGAGUAAUGAAACUCCAUCAAAAACGACCCCGUACAAUACGCAUCAAGUAAAGUACCCAUUGGAUACAAAGAGGUCACAUGACCCAAUUCCCACCACCCAAUCACCAACCCCAUCAUCAUCCUCCAACAUCCAAGCAACAAAACCUACUACCUAAACAGCAACACCCAACCCAAGCCCGCUCAAGAUGCCAGCCGACGAAUACUCCGUCGGCGGGGGCGGAAAGCUCAAACUAAAAGGCUCUAAAGUAAGCGACGGCCGCAUAGAAAAGAAAAAGAAGAAAGCCAAGAAAAGCAAUCCGGAAACCAGCAGCAAGAAAGAAAGCGAGGAUGCUCCUCCGCCUGCGUCUACAUCCCAGGCAGCAGAUGAGAAGGAGAGCUCUACAUCUCUGCCUCAGCCGGAUGAAUCUGAUGUCGGGGUGGGUGUCGUAGCUGCUGGGAAGACGGAGGCGGAGAGGAAGCAUGAGGAGAUGAGGAAGAAGAGGUUACAAGAACGUCUCAAACGAGAAGGGGUUAAAACGCAUAAAGAGCGAGUGGAAGAGUUAAACAAAUAUCUCAGUCGACUGAGCGAACAUCACGACAUGCCGAAGAUUGGACCCGGUUAAGACACCUUUAUUAUUAGUACUAGUAUUAUUAGUUUUUUUUUUAUUUUUUUUAUUUUGUUCAUGCAUGUAUUCUGGGUAUUAUUGUUUGUCCAUUCUAUAUUAUAGGGUUGUAGAAUUUCCUCAUGCAAUCGUUGUCAUGCGCUUUAUUUUAUCUUAUUUUAUUUCUUUUUAUUUCGUGUCCCUGCUCUUUUCCCCUCCCUUCUUUUUGAAAACGUCUAUCACGCUGGAACUUGAGGGUGAAAAUCAUAUGACACCGCUACGUUCUAAAUUCUCGUUGGUCGGAGC